AUGAGCUCCCCGCCCUGGCUCAGGUUUGAUUGGUCUCAUCUGACACCUUCUACCCUGAAGAACCGACAUUUGGGACUUGAGACAGAAAGCGGAGGCAAGGAUCACCCACACUUCACACUGGAGGGGGACAAGUUCCUGAUUUUCGGGGGUUCCAUCCACUAUUUCCGGGUGCCCUGGGAGUACUGGCUGGACCGCCUGCUAAAGCUGAAGGCCGGUGGCUUCAACACUGUCACCAGCUAUGUUCCGUGGAACCUCCAUGAGCCAGGAAGAGGCAAAUUCGACUUCUCUGGGAACCUGGAUCUGGAGGCCUUCAUCCAGCUGGCUGCCAAGGUUGGGCUGUGGGUGAUCCUGCGUCCAGGCCCCUACAUCUGCGGUGAGAUCGACCUGGGGGGCCUGCCCAGCUGGUUACUGCAGGACCCUAAGUUGAAGUUGAGAACAACCCACAAGGGCUUCGUUGAAGCAGUUGAUAAUUAUUUUGAUCAUCUGAUUCCCAGGCUGGUUCCCCUCCAGUACCUCCAGGGCGGUCCGAUCAUUGCGGUGCAGGUGGAGAAUGAAUAUGGUUCGUACACUAUAGAUGAAGAGUACAUGCCAUAUCUUCAAGAGGCCCUGCUGAAAAGAGGGAUCCGGGAGCUGCUGUUGACCUCGGAUAAUGAGGACAGUGUCCUAAAAGGCUACAUAAAUGGAGCACUGGCCACAGUCAACAUGAAUAAACUUCAUGAUUCUGCUUUUGUACAGCUCAACAAAGUGCAGAGGAAUAAGCCUAUUAUGGUUAUGGAAUUCUGGGUCGGUUGGUUCGACACAUGGGGAAAUAAGCACAUGACUACAAAUGCGGAGGAGGUUGAAGAAACUGUGUCUGAAUUUAUCAAAGCUGAUAUCUCCUUCAACACAUAUAUGUUCCAUGGUGGGACCAACUUUGGUUUCAUGAACGGGGCCACACACUUUGAGAAACACAGAGGCGUUGUCACCAGCUACGACUAUGAUGCUGUGCUGACGGAGGCUGGGGAUUACACAGAAAAAUACUUCAAGCUUCGAAAACUCCUUGGAUCCGUCUUAGCACCUCCCCUGCCCCACUUGCCUCACACUGUUCUCAAGGCUGUGUACCCUUCAGUGACACCAUCACUCUACUUGCCACUGUGGGACGUCCUACAGUAUUUAAAUGAAACUGUCGAAUCGCAUGUACCAAUCAACAUGGAGAAUCUUCCUAUAAACCAAGGAAGUGGCCAAUCCUAUGGAUUCAUACUUUAUGAGACUUCCAUCUGCUCUGGAGGGCUUCUCCAUGCUCGUGUUCAUGAUACGGCCCAGAUCUUUUUGAAUGAGACAAUUAUAGGUGUUCUCAAGGACGGUAAUAGGAUGUUGAGCAUUCCUGACUUCAGGGGCUGCCAACUUCUGAGGAUCCUGGUGGAGAAUCAAGGACGAGUCAAUUUUUCAUGGAAAAUUCAAGAGCAGAAGAAAGGAAUAAUUGGAUCUGUUCAGAUCAAUGACGUUACCUUGAAGGGUUUCACCAUCUAUCCUUUGGAACUGAAAAUGGACUUCCUUGAGAGGCUCCAUUCUGCCACUUGGAGGCCGGUACCAGAGAGCCAUUUGGGUCCUGCCUUCUACCUUGGUACCUUGAGGGCUGGGCCUUCUCCCAAGGACACCUUUCUAAGACUGCCUAACUGGAAUUAUGGAGUUGUGUUCAUCAACGGGCGUAACCUGGGGCGAUACUGGUAUAUUGGACCUCAGGAAACACUGUACCUUCCUGGUGUCUGGCUUAAUCCAGAGGACAAUGAGAUCAUUGUGUUUGAGAUAAUGAUGAAUGGCUUAGUCAUUGAAACCACGGAUAAACCCAAGCUGUAAGAUUCUAUGCAAACAUACUUCCUAGAUUGUUGGAGUCCAUCUACAGCUGGCUUUCCAAGAUUUACAUCAAGAACAUCAAACACGGCGCUGCCUGCAAUAGCAAAAAUGUAAAAAUAACCUAAAAAAAUCAAC